AUGGCUCCCACGAAGCGCCGCCAGAUCCCCCACACCCCACACGUCAUCUCGCCCUCGCCCGUAUCGACGCCGUCGGAGAGCGCAAGAGACGGCUACUUUGGCCCCGUGACACGCUCCUCGACGCGCGCCGCCAGCGCCCGCUCACCGGCGCCCGUAGACGAGGAUUCGGGCGGCUCGGAUCCGGAGAAGCGGGCGCGCGCGCGGACGGUGCUGGAUGGCGGCGUGGGGCGGCCGAGGCGACUGAGUGGGCUGACGGGCAAGAGGCAGACCAUCAACCACCUGAGCCCCGCGGCUGCCAACAAGAACUACUGGCGUGAGAUGAGCAGGAGUCCGAGUCCGCUGGGCCUGAUCCCCAUCCACCAGCGGUGGCGGUCCUUCAUCCACCGCCAUGAAAUCCCCCGCAAAAUCCUCCACGUGAGCAUCGGCUUCCUCGCCCUCGCCCUCUACACCAACGGCGUGCAGACAUGGGCCAUCCACCCCGUGCUCCUCACCCUCCUCCUCCCCAUCGCCCUUACCGACGUGCUGCGCCACCGCUACUGGCAAAUAAAUCGCUUUUACAUCCGUUGUCUGGGCGCCUUGAUGCGCGAGUCCGAAGUCGACGGCUACAACGGUGUAAUCUCCUAUCUCCUCGGCGCCUGGAUUGUCAUGCGCUUCUGUCCUAAGGAUGUCAGUGUCAUGAGUGUAUUGUUGCUGAGUUGGUGUGACACGGCCGCCAGUACUUUUGGCCGUCUCUGGGGACAUUUGACCCCCAAGGUGCGCAACGGGAAAAGCCUGGCUGGGAGUAUCGCGGCGUGCAUCACGGGCAUUGCUACGGCAGCCGUGUGGUGGGGUAUUUUGGGUCCCAUGUUCAAUAACUACAACUCUGCUGAGAACGCGUUUGCGUUUCAAGGUGUUCUUACCCUGCCCUCGUCGGCGAGGGACGUGUUGGGGUUGUCUGUUGCACAGGCGUCUGUUGGUGGGUAUACAGCACUGGGCCUUGUAUCGCUGUGGGCGGGCUUGGUCGCGAGCGCAAGUGAAGCACUUGAUAUUUUUGGAUGGGAUGAUAACCUGACGAUACCCGUUCUCUGUGGUGUAGGGCUAUGGGGUUUCUUGGGAUUGUUUGGAUGACCGCGGCUGAGAAACCGAAGAACGAAUUAAUGCAUAACUUGACUCCACUCCCAACAUGCAGACUUUACC